AUGUUUGAUGGAGCAGCCAAAAGACAACCAAUCGCAAGAAAGCUAGAGGGAGGGGGAGAGGUGGCCACUGCCACUGCCCCUCCUCCCCUCCGCCCAUCUUCCCCUUCCUCUCCUCAUCCCCUCUUCUCCUCCCCUUCCCCUCCCCAGAUAGUCUAG